GGCACAGUCAGUGCUGGAGGACUCAGUGAGAAGCAUUGGUAUUUCUUGCUGCUAUGAAAGCCCCGGAGAUAUUAAUAGGAAGAUUUCUAUAGCCCUCCUCCCUCUUCUUCUCAUUACAGACGGCAGGAACAGAAUAAGGAGUCCAGCUGAAGUUUUCCCACUCUAAACAGAAACUGGAUACAUCAGGCAUCAAGAAAAGAUAUCGUUGGAAGAUAUGAACUGGUUUUAUGGAAAAUCAAAAGUCCCCAUUUGCCUGGCAAUUACUGAAUGCGAUCCUUUCCUGGGCAGAUUUACAAAGUUGGAUAUCCUAUCAGAGGAGGAGUCCCUGGAGUUACAAGCAGAUACCAGGUAUGUCCAUCGAGUCAUCUAUGAAGCUUUGUGCUGGAUAGAAGAGAAGAACUUAUCUUUAGAGAAUUUCUUUGACAACUUGUUCCAGAAACCGUUCUUGGUUCUAUAUCCCAAUCUAAAGCCUAUCGCUGAAGAAUACAGACAAGGUAAAUACAAGAAUGGUAUGCAGACAACUACAGAGAAGGAUUAUGACCAGAUGAUUUUUGCUGAGGAAAAAGUAAGGAUUUGUUUGGCAGUAACAGACCUUUUCCCAUUUAUACACGGACUGCAAGAUCUGACUAUUCUAUCUGAAACAGAAUCACUGAAACUUCAAGCAGAUGGAAGGCCAAUUUCUCGCGUGAUAUACGAAUGUCUGUCGCUGAUUGAGAAAAAAGACUUGAAAUUAGGUGUUGUCUUUGAGUACAUAUUCCAGGAGUGCUACCAGACUCUAUAUCCAGACCUGCAGGCCAUAUUACAAGAGUCCAAUGUGGAACAAGAUGAACUGUUCAAUGGGAAACAUCACCUUGAGUUCAACCAACCAGGUGGUCUUCUGGAGUUUUAUGAACACAACAAAUUUGACAUCUGUGCUGCCAUUGAUGAAUGCUUUCCCUUUUUAAAUGGAUUGCACGACAUGGGACUCUUAUCUAAAUUAGAGCUACUGAAGCUCCAGGCAGACAAGAGAAUGGCUAGGCAUGUGUUGUAUGAUGCUCUGACUUUGAUUCAAGAGAGAAGGCGCAUAGAAGUAUUCUUUGAUUAUGUGUUUCGGGAAUUCAACAUCAACCGCUUCCCUGCUCUCAAGAUUUUAUUCAAUUUGGAGGACAUUACGAUGCAGCAAACCAGACAAUGCAGGUUAAAGCACAUUUACUACGGUGAACUGUCAGAUCAAGACUGGGAAUUUGUUGAUGACAUUAAGACACAUGCAGGUGUAAGGUCUUCACUCCAGCAGAAAGUGAAAAAAGAGCAACAUCAGGAAACCAAACUCCACAUCCCAAAAGAUGGCAACUGGAAUAUCACCAAGAUCAGAGGUGUAAGGUCUCCACUCCAGCAGAAAUGUGAAAAAGGGCAACAUCAGGAAACCAAAUUCCUCAUCCCUAAAGAUGGCAACUGGAGUAUCACCAGGAAACGGAUCAGAGGUGUAAGGUCUUCACUCCAGCAGAAAAGGGAAAAAGGUCAACAUCAGGAAACCAAACUCAACAGCUUUAAAGAUGGCAACUGGAGUAUCACGAGUAAACAGAUCAAAGAUGCUAAGAAUGUUAAAGUCAAACUGGAGUUCCCCAAACAAGUUUUCAAUGAUGAAUUUCCCGUGACAUGUGGCAACAAGAAGGGGACCUUCAUGAGAGAACACUGGAAAGGAGAUCCUAGGAAUGACAUGUGCAUUGAAUGCGAUGGCCGAAGGUUUACUGUGACCAUGUUUCAAAAAUAUGGAGGAAAAGAGAGCAGCAAGAACUGGAAGAAAAGCAUUUACAGUAGUGGGAUCUCAAUGGAAAAACUAUUGCAGUUCAGUAUCCUGAGAUUGCCCUGCAACAUUAAACGGAGACCACUAUAAAGACGUUAUGAUGUGUGCAUAUACUGAAUCUAUAUAAAUAUACCAGCAGAAUUUUUACUGCUU